GCUGCCGAGCGGAGCCGAGCCGAGCCGGGCGGAGCCGAGCCGAGCCGAGCGCAGCCGAGCCGAGCCGAGCCCAGCCCCGCCAGCCCGCAACCUUCCCCGCCCCGCAGCUGCCGCCGCUGGACCUGACAUCGUCCAGAUCCACUGCAAUAAAGAAAAAUGGAAACCAUGCAUGAGCUGAUUCCCUUUGCCAAAGAAAUGCUCAGCCAGAAGCCCAACAGGAAGAUGGUCAAGCUGUACAUGCUGGGCAGUGUGCUGGCUUUCUUUGGGGUGGUCAUUGGUCUGGUGGAGACAGUGUGCAGUCCUUUCACCUCUGAAGGGAGGCUAGAGGAGGAGAAGAGACCUGCCCCGAGGCAAGAGCAAACGCUUCCCCACAAACAGGAGGAUCUGAUCUUAGGAAAGAGCAAGAAGCCGGGAGUGAUGCAGAGGGCCCUGGUGACCAGGCAGCACGCCUCCUAAGAGCCCUGCACCAGAGGGGUGCCCAGUGAGCAACCAAGCACAAGAGACUCUGCUGUCCCGUUGUACCUGGUGGUGGUUCCAGCAAGAAGAGAGAAGUGUUGGCUGAAGGAGGAGACCGCAAGUGCAAGACUUGGAAGAAGUGAACGGUUAUAUUUGCUGCUGUGCAGCAGUGGGGAAACAAUACCUUUUGUUGGUAUAAACAUGUGCAAGAUGCACAGCAUGGUUUCUUAUUUUUAUUACAGAUGCAUUUUACAACAUUUUGCAAGAUCAAUAAAUAUUUUAUAUGGUA